AUGGACGGAAACAGUGCUGUCAUGGUUGAGCAGCUCCCGGUGCCGGUUCCUCUCGACACUGAGUCGAGUCCUGCAGAACCGGUCACCAUCGACACCAUAGUGCAGGAAAUCCCCCAAACUCCGACAGAGACCGUCGUUCUCCAGCCGCCACAUUCGGAGUCAGAGCCUCAACAGGACUCAGGCCCUGAUGCGGCUGCAACUUCCCAAGAGGCUGAGGUUCAAGAUUCGCCAGCAGCAGACGACUCGCCAGCAGCAGAGAAAGAAGAGGAGGACGAGGAGCAUGCUUAUUGGGCGGAGGAAGAAGAGGAUACCUCAGCUCCCGAUGAGGCGGAGCUAGCAGAGAUCGAGGCACAGGGAGAGAAUUACAAUUCUUUAGAUUACGCAUAUUGGGAAUCGAAUUUUCACCCCGAUCUGGAUGACCCCGAAUACCGCCCGGUGGAAAAGGCCCGGCUCACCUGGAAGGUUAAGGGUGUUCGAGGAACGAAGGAAAAUCCCAACCGGCUCAAAAUCAUGCGGUCCCCUCCGGCAUACAUUGGAGGGUACUGGUGGACAAUCAAGUUCUUUCCGCGCGGUAACAACGUUAGCCACUUGAGCGUUUAUAUUGAAUGCUCAUCCACGAUGCCCAAGCCCGAUGAUACUUUGCCUGAGACGGAGUUCAAGGUUCUCCGUGGACCUGCGGAGACAGAACUGGACACCAACAAACCCGAUCUCGAUAUUAAGUUCGAUAAAACCAAGGAUACAGAAGCAUGGACUGAGAUGUUCAAGUCUCAAUACCCAGCGGCUGCUAACCAAGCUGAACCAACGACAGAGACUUGGAGAGUUUCUGCGCAGAUUGGAGUCAUUGUUUAUAACCCGAACGAGCCUCGUACAGGGUGGAUGCAGUCCUCAUGCCAUCAGUUCAACCCUCAUAACCUUGAUUGGGGGUGGACCAACUUCCAUGGUCCCUGGGACCAAAUCCACCGUCGUCAGCGUCUCCAGCAUCAAGCAUUGCUUCGCAACGACACCCUAGCGUUCGAUGCGUACAUUCGCAUUUUUGACGAUCCUACCAGGUCUCUUUGGUGGCAUCCCAGUGACUCCGAACCCACUUGGGACAGCCUUGGCUUGACAGGCUACCGGCCACUUGGUGACUCAGUCAUUAACCACAGCGCAGAUGUUGCCGGGCUUGCCACUUGGCUGCAUAUUGCUCCCUUCUCCAAGGUCAUUCAGAAUGUGAACGUCCUAGAACACCUUACGAAUUGCGAUCUGAAACCCAAGCCGUUGUGCGAUGCGCUACAGAGGUUUCUCUGGCAGUUACGCCGGCGUGACCAAUCUCUUCAGUAUGUCGACACGGAUACAAUCACAACCACUCUCAGCAACUUGCAUGAGAAGUCUAGUGACGUGUGCGAGUUUUGGGAGCGGUUGCGCCGGUCUCUGGAACUAGAGCUCGCAGGUACUCCCGCGGCAGACGACCUUUCCCGGCUUUUCGACAGCCCUUCCCCAGCCUCUUUCCCUUCAGGCGCUCUGCCGACUCCUGUGCACACGGUUCCGAAGGAUUUCAAUUCCCGUAUUUUCGUUCCUGCCGACAAAGCCAAAACCACGAGCGAAGCGUUCACCUGGUAUCUCAGUGCUAAGCCCGGGCGAUGGUUACUGCCCCCAGUCUUGCACCUUGAGUUGGGCCGCCAGACACUCGAUAAAGCUGCUCGGCAAUGGCGUCUACUCUACAACCGAGUAGAUCUGGAUGAAGAAGUUGAUUUAUCACCUUGGCUUCUCGACGGUCAGUGCGGGAAAUAUAUACUGUACGGAUACAUCGUUCACCGCGGACGACGCACAUCUGGAAAGUUCUUCAGCAUCCUCCGCCCAGGCGGGCCUGGUACCAAGUGGCUGGCGUUCGAUGACGGAAGUGACAACCGAGUUGAGUGCUUGACGCGGAAGACGGCUUUAGGACCGCAUCUUGGCUUGGAUCCUGACAAGACGCCGGAUCACAAGACAGGCCAUGACAUUGCAAUUGCCGUUAUGUAUAUUCGCAGCGAUGUUAUUGCGGACUUCCUACCCGGCCCUCAGGGGCCAUGGGAGGUUUCUGAUGAACUCAAGCAUUACUACGAAACUGGUGAAGUUACCUCUCAGAAGAAAAACGAAGGUAAGACAGAGGUUGAGGAUAUUCAGGUCGAAGUUUACUCCUUGGAGAAGUAUGAUAAUCUCAGCAGUCUGUUUGAUUCAUAUGAUCUCAUGUCUCAGGCCAAGGCCGCAAACAGUGUCAUGUACAUGAGCGUGCCUCGCUCCACAAAUCUCAUAGAGGUUCGCAAGAGGAUAGGGCUUUGGGCUUCUACACGUUCAGGAGCAGAGGUCAGCCCGGAGAAUAUUCGUCUCUGGCAAAUUGGCCAUGCACGCGAUUGCUCGGCAACUGUUUCACUCAAGCGCGUUUCUGAUCUCACGGCUACUGUCGACCUGCCGUUGAACCCUGUGCGUUACUGGAUGCAGAUCGUGUCGGACGGCGACGCCAAGUACUUCGCGAUGAAAGAUCCUGAGACGCCAGUUGCUAUCACCUCUAAGCCUGAAGAAGCUGUUGUUGAGCGUCCAGGCUCCGAGACUUCGGACGAUACACCAACGACUACGUCUUCCGAGGGCGCCGAGCCAAGUUCCUCUAAUACCGGAAACCAGAACCCUAUGGACGGAAUAUCGGGUGAAGCCGGCGAAGCAUCCCCAGAGCAGCCGACCGCUGAAACCGUAAAUAGUACGGCGACGGUUGCUGUUGUGGUGUCAGAAAGCGAACCAUCACCAGUGUCUGCUGAUGUAGUUGCUGUGAAUGCUCAAGCACCUUCAACCACGGAACAAAAUCCAGAGGACGCGGAGAGCCCAGUCCAGAUAGCAGAGUCAUCCCAGCCUGAUACCUCAACGGGAGCGGCCGCCAGUGCUGAGGCCACAUCAGAUGAGAAUGAUGCUGUGAUUGCCGCCGUAAUCGCGGGCGACAUUCAACAGCUAGAUGAAGAAACCCAAGAAACGCAGCUACCUGCCGAUAACCAAGAGCAGGAGCCAAAUCAACCACCCACUGAAGAUCAGACUUCAGCCCCCGCCGAGGACCAAACCGAGGCGCCCGCAAACCUUGAAGACGCCGCACCUGCAGAGCCGGAGGUGGUUCUGCCAGUGGAGCACGUCUACUAUUACAUCAAAGUCUUCGAUAUUGAGUCGCAGUCCCUGCGCACCAUGGGAUCGUUCUUCUCCCAGAAGGAGGAAGUCAUCAAGCCCGCUAUCCGCAAGCAUCUCAACUGGCCAGAGACCAAGGACUUUCAAGUCUGGCAUCAAGUCGACGGCACUGUGGUUGACACCCUCGCCUCAGCAGAGACAUUUGAAAUCAACCCCGCUGACGGAGCCUGCUUCAUCGUCGGCGACAAGUUGAAUAAGGCAAAGCGCACCGAGCUCAGCGAAAAAGGUCUCUUCUCCAACCCCCAGCAUUUAGUCAGCUAUCUCUGGGCCGCUGCUCGCAAUCACCCCACAAAGGCCUUCAGCGGCACAAAGGCUGUUGAUGCCACCUUCACAUCUGACUUCUACAGCGGCGACUUCAUGAAGGGCUACUAUCACGGGAAAGGCAAGCAUAUAUCUGACUCGGUCGCUACCUACACUGGCGACUACGUCCUCGGCAAGCGCCACGGCAAGGGCUUUAUGGAGUACCCGACCGGCGAUACUUACGAUGGUGACUGGUUUGAGGACCAGUGCCACGGUCAGGGAACAUUCGUCGAACGUAAGACAGGCAACAAGUAUGUUGGGGGAUACAAGGAUGGCAAGCGCCACGGCAAAGGUAUCAGCUACUGGGAGGUUGCGGAUGAAGAGAUGGACCUCUGCCAAAUUUGUUUCGGCGAGGAGCAGGACGCUCUCUUCUAUGACUGUGGACAUGUUUGCGCUUGCGUUACGUGCGCACGCCAGGUCGAGAUCUGUCCCAUCUGCAGGAAGAACAUCCUCAACGUUGUCAAGAUCUACCGCACAUGA